GUCUACGUGCAGAAAAUACUAUAUGCGAAUCAAAAUGGACUUCGUCGUAGAGGAAACUGUGGAUACAGCGGAUUUAAAGAAAUUUGAACUUCAAUACCAUGACCAAGCAAGGAAGGGCCCAGUCAGUGAGAAGGCCCAGUUUGACUAUGCCUGGUGCCUUGUGAGGAGUCGAUACCAACAGGACAUGAAGAGAGGUGUUGCCCUCUUGGAAGACCUCUUCUCCCGUACAUCGGAUGAAACAGCCAAGAGGGACUACCUGUUCUACAUGGCAGUCGGCUACACCCGCGUCAAGGAAUAUCAACAGGCCCUGAAGUACACUGCAGCCAUUGCCAAGAUAGAACCCAAGAACAGACAGGCAGCAGAGCUGGAGAAAUACAUUAAGGAAAAAAUGAAGAAAGAAGGCAUCAUGGGAAUGGCAAUAGUCGGAGGAGCAGCGAUAGCUAUCGGUGGACUUGUUGGACUUGCAGCAGCGGCCAUUGCCAAAAAGUCUUGAUAAAUAUUUCUGCAAAUGUGAUUAUGAGAUCUUAGAAAUCGACCAUUGGAGGAAAGUAGAGUUAAAUUCUAACACAUCUUGAUCAUCGUGGCAGGUGGAUGGACUUCAUCAUUCUCUCACUUCGUUUGGUUUUCUGUCAGUUAUAUUUAUCUGCAAAUGAAAUAACAGUACAUGUUGUUUAGGUAUCUGAUACACCGGAAUUUCAUGCCUUGCAUCUUUGUCUAUUGGAAAUGCAUUUUCAUCCGAGAUUCUGCAGAACCUGAUAAUGUUGAUCAAGCUUCAACUUGAUACUCGGCUCCCAUUUUGGAGUGGCUUAAAAUUAGAGUAUUAAUCUUAUUGAAAUAUAUCAAGAUGUUUAGCAGUGCAAAUCAUAAAUAUUUAUUAUCCUGUGAAUUAUUGUGUGUUUGAUGGGGUGAAGAGUGCACAUCAUUUUUAGUCCUGUAAGUUUGAGUACUAAGUCUAAUUCCAAAUGCAUUAGGCAGACUCUGAUAAAUAUUUUCGAACACAAAAGCAAUGACAGACAUAUGUCAUAUGUUGAAAUAAUUAGCGCUUUUCUUAUUUAAGUGUUGACUGUUUUGGAAACAUGAAGCAAAAUAUUUUUUAUUCUAAAACAAUAAAUGUUCUUCUUUUCCAUGCAGGACAAUUUAUGUAGAUUGUUGAUGUUUUGUUUGCUUUGAAAUUUCUGUAAUGAAAGUACCAUUUAAUGUCUGGGACAUGUGCGUAAUUAGUGAAUUUUGUGCAAGUUGUUUUGAUGUAGCCUUAUACACGUUGAGGGUCUUAAGAGUAUUUAUAUAUAUUUUUGAAAAUUACAGGAAUUGACCACCAUCAAAAUACCUUGAGGACAAGAUACUUUGAUGCUUUCAUAAACAAAUCCCCAGGUUUCAGUUCUGGCAAACAUUCUGUAGUCAGAGCCAGACAGUUCUGUCUGGUAAGAAUAGCCAGUAACGGACAAUUAUGUAUCCUUUAUUACAGAGGAAGGUCCUAUGGCAAUGACAUGGUAAUGAUAACUCAACUCUUCAAAUAAUGGCGACCAAGUCUUGGGCUAUGCAAUUGCUCUGUGGGAGUUAGUGAGUGAGUAUGGUUUACGCCCUUUAAGCAAUAUUCCAGCAACAUCACAGCAGGGGACACCAGAAAGGGGCUUCACACAUUGUACCUAUGUGGGGAAUCGAACCCGGGUCUUCAGCGUGACAAGCAAACGAUUUAACCACUAGGCUACCCUCACUGCUCCAAUUGCUCUGUUGAGUUGAGUCCCCAAGUUAUGCUAGGAGCUGGUGAUCCCAGAUUUACCAUUAUGUAAAAUGUGUUGGCAGUACCAGACCAAGUAUUUCCCUAAUGCUUGAUUCAUCCAAGACCAGUAUAGGUUUGAGCUUACCAUAACAGGUUACAUUAAACGGAUAUACUGUUCAGGUCAAUGUUACACCAAACAUACUGAAAUAAUGUUAUUAUUUUAGAGCAGCAAGUAGGACAUGGUGGCAUGUACAGUAAACUACACUUACAGUGGAAGCUGUCUAAACCGGCACUCGUCAGGACUGAAGAAACAAUCUGGUUUAGACAUCAUGCCGUAGAGCUGACACUGUUACCUAACGACUAGAAUUGGAACCAGUUUUGUCGCUCAUGUACAUUAUUGUAUCAUGUGGUUCUCUCAAUUCAUAUUCACUUUUAUUGACAAUAACGUAAACAUGAUAAAUCAACACAUUUGAAAAAAAUGGCUGCUGGACGCUCAUAAUCCCUUGUUAUUUCAAGGAUUAUUUCGCAGGAUUAAUUGGUGACAAUACACAUCCGGCUGAAUCCUCACCAUGCGCCAGAUUAGACAGCGCUGAUUACUGUAUAAACACAUAUUCGGGCGGCUCUUUUCGUGCCGAGAUCUGGAAUUGACAGCUGCCCGGAUUGCAGAGCUUUUAAAUGCUAAUAAAUGUACUAGCCACGGAUGGGACUGAGAUUUUAUACCGGUGUUGUCGACUUGCCGGAUUAGACAGCUGCCUUUUUAGACAGCUUCCACUGUAUAACCAACUCUAAUUGAUGUCUAAUUUUAGUUCAUGACGACUGUAGUUUGUUAAACACAAUACAGCAAGUGAGUGCAACCCACUGCUGUAGUUUACUGUAUCAGUACAUGACAAACUGCCGGCUGCUUCUACAGAAAGUCUGAUAGCAUUUCUUCCUAUUAUCCUAACAAGUGCACUACUACCAUCAGGGGUGUUGUGGGUGGUGGGGUAGACAAAUGGUUAAAGCAUUUGUCACGCUGAAGACCCAGGUUCGAUUCCUCCCAUCGGUACAAUAUGUGAAGCCAAUUUCUGGUGUCCCCUGCAGCAAUACUGCUGAAAUAUUGCUAAAAGCAGCGUAAAACUAAACACACUCACUCAGAGGUGUGGUCUAAACAAAUGUUGAGAACUGGACAUCAGUUUUAUUGGCAAUGUGUUAAGAAAAAGCUUAAUCUCCAAGGUGUGAAGACACUUUUCUGCUUGAUAAGAAGUUUUCUUCUGGGUUUAAAGUGAGCAAGUUUCCAUAGAUGUACAUAGUAGUUUUAAAGGAAAUCAUGACUUUAAUGCAAACUGUGUUCUGUCUACAGAGAUUAACUGAAUAUUUAUGACCCAAACUUCAGUAUUAAACAUUGUGAAAUGUACUGAAAUUGUCAACAAUUUUCUGAAAUGUGAACAAAGGAUAUACUUCCAAAAAUGUCACAUCUUGUCAACGAGCAAGACCUUUUUCAAUAGGUUAAUGAAUUCCACUUUUGUAAAACCAAUGAACAUUGGGAGAAAUUAUUCUGAAAAGCAGUGUUUUGACUGCCAGAUUUUAUAGUCAUGUUAUAUCACGAGAAGCCCAUAUUAUUAUUCUGAACAGAGACUAUGGCUGUAAAACCAAUGAACAUUGGGAGAAAUUAUUCUGAAAAGCAGUGUUUUGACUGCCAGAGUUUAUAGUCAUCUUAUAUCACGAGAAGCCCAUAUUAUUAUUCUGAACAGAGACUAUGGCUGUUUCUUCUUAAAGUUGGUAAUGCAAGUCUCGUUCACACAAGAUGAGAGGUUGUUUUGUGGCCAAUAUCUGUUUCUUAAUGUGUUUGUCCUGAAGUGCUUGUAUUGUUAGCGAGUGUUAGCGAGUAUGAAUGGUGAUUGUAAAUAAACAUGUUUCACUCAUA